CAACACGCCUAGCAACCAAUCAGAGAGAGGCACUAGUUAUGCUCGCUCUAUCCCUGUGUAAAGAAGAGGACAUAGAUCCAGUGUAAACAUGCUUGAAGUUCCCUGCAGAGACGCCGAGUGCUCAUUUAAUACACAAAAGAAAAGAAAGCGAGAGGUUAUCGACCAUUUUUCUGCUAAAAAGAGAUCGCACUGGGGUAUUUUGACUAGUCAAGGUUCAUGGGCAGAUCGUUCUCCACUACAUGAAGCUGCAUGUCAGGGUCGACUACUGGCCCUGAAGACCCUUCUCUCUCAGGGUUACAAUGCAAAUAUCAUCACCAUUGACCAUGUGACCCCACUGCACGAAGCUUGUCUCAGAGAUCAUGUAGCCUGUGCCAGGGCUCUCAUUGAGGCUGGUGCCAAUGUAAAUGCUACGACCAUUGAUGAUGUGACCCCGCUGUUUAAUGCCUGCUCAGCAGGUAGUGUCGCCUGCACAGAGGUGCUGUUAGAAUAUGGAGCAAAACUACAGGCAGAAGCGUGCCAACCUUCACCCAUUCAUGAGGCCUCCAGCAAAGGCAAGGCAGCAUGUGUAGAGGCUCUCAUCGCAUGGGGAGCAGAUGUAGAUUAUGACAUCCCGCAUCUAGGAACACCACUUUACAUUGCCUGUAUGUCCCAGGAACUCCAGUGUACACAGAAACUUCUGGAUGGAGGAGCCAAUGUGCAUAAGGGCCGUUUUCUGGACACACCCUUGCAUGCUGCUGCACAGAAGGAUUGUCCAGAAAUCAUCAGAGUCCUGCUAGAAUUCGGCGCUAACAUCAACACUCGCAACCUGGAACUACAAAAGCCGGUGGAUACAGCACCACCCAGCAGUACAGCAGAGGGCAUGCUCCUGCUUUAUGAGGCCACACCAAGGUCUCUAAGUCAGCUGUGUCGACUGAGUAUCCGAAACUACAUGGGCCGAUCCAGACUACACCUGAUCCCUCAUCUCAAACUGCCUACGUUGCUCAAGAGUUUUCUCCAGUACAGAUAGACUCUCUAGUCUCUAUGCAUUAAUAUAUGUUAAGUGCAUUAAUAUAUGAAAGGUACCUAACCUUGUUUGUGAUAACAAAAAACUCUAUCACGUUGGCCAUUCUUUUCACUUCAGAUAUAUUCAAAGUUGUUUAUAUAUAUAUAUAUAUAUAUAUAUAUAUAUAUAUAUAUAUAUAUAUAUAUAUAUAUAUAUAUAUAUAUAAUAUAAUAUACAGUAUAUUUUUGUGCAACUAAUGAACAUCACUUAUUUUGGUAAAUAAUAUUAGUCAUUCGUAACCUGUCUUCCUAUGAUAAUGUACAAAUGUAUCACAUGGGAAUUACAUUUAUGUUAUGCUAUAUGGUCUGUACAGUUAUCAUAAUAAAAAAAAAAAAAAAAAAUCAAACACAAUUGAAAACAGCUACAGUAGUAAAUCUGAUGAGAUCGUAGUUCCCUUUACAAAAAGCUUCACUACGAUGUUGCGCUGCUAAGCACUACGGGGAACAGCUUUAGCUGUGAGCCGAGCUGAAUAAUGUGUGGAACACGUCAUUGAACAUUGACCCGAAUUAAUAGCCUCGGCUGAUGUAAUCAUUAGAUGCAGAUGAGGCCAGGCUAUAAAUGGAUACGUCACUAGGUGUUGUCAGAAACUCUUUUUUCAGAGCGAUUCUGUUUCUGUGUGUUUCACAAACCCUGUCAAAACUUUCUUUCCUCUGUUAGAAGUUAGAAUCAGUUAGGCAGUGUGCAGUGAACGUUGUUCUCUUCUGUUUAGAAAAAGAGAGUAUGACUGAAAGCCGCAAACGGUGCGUGUUCCCCUCUUCCGCUCUAUAGCUGAAGAAGACACACAUCAGUUUUCGCUCUGUUUGUUUGGGGGUAAGAGCACGCUGCUCUCGCGUUGCAGCAGGGCGGGUGCGAGCACUGCGAUUUGCUUUAACAGGCAGAGUGCGUCGUGCUCGCCUCGCUUGCUUCCGGGAGUCAGCACUCACGAAAAAAAAUAAAUAAAUAGUUCGUGGGGCUCUUGCAUGGAUGUGGCUGAGGAGCAAGAGACGGGUUGAUCCCUUUCUCUCACUCUCUCCCCAAACCCAGC